AAUGUGAAGAGUACAAGGACAUCAUAGACUCUGUGCUGAGGGAUGAUGGGCAGUUCAUAGAGGAGAAGCUGACAGAGAAGUUCAGGCAAGCUGAGGACGACCUCAGGCAAUAUAAAGCCCUGGUUCACUCUCAGGCAAAGGAGCUGACCGAGUUACGGGAGAAGUUACGGCAAGGGAGAGAUGCCUCCCGCUCACUGAAUCAGCAUUUCAAGGCGCUCCUCACUCCUGACCACCAUGACAAGUCCCAGAGUCAGGACCUCCGAGUGCAGCUGGCUAAGCGGCACAGGCUGGCAGAGCGUUAUGUCAACAAGCUCAGCCCAGUUCCAGAAAGUGAUGAAGAGGAGGAUGAAGAUGGGACAGAUGAGGAGAUCGGGAAAGUACAGGAAUCAGCUGCCCCCAGGGAGGCGCAGAACGCUGAGGAAAACGAAGUCCCUCAGGACUCACUGGAGGAAUGCGCUGACCUUUGUUCAAACAGCGACGGCCCUUCUGACUCCAACCAGCCUCACAGGAGCGCCGAAGUCACAUUUGAGGAAGACAAAGUCGUCUCUGCUCUGGCUGUAGACAGUGACAGCUCUCAGGAUGAAUGGGAGGAUGCUCUAUGCAUUCUCCCAGGAAAUCAAAGUGAUCAUGAGGAAGAGGAAGGGAAAGCCCCAGUGCCCGCCAGGUAACUGGAUUUGUGGGGUGUUAGCUAAAAGUGGCACGUGGAGACCGGGGAUCCUGGGAAAAUAGGAGAGAAAGUGAUGACUAGAACUGUCUUACCCAUUCAUCCAACUGCA